CUAGCGAGCCGAGCGCUCUCCCUACCCACUGCAGCGGCACCACCGCACCGGCGGUGCCUAGGACGGCAUGGAGAAGGACAGCCUGAGCCGUGCGGACCAGCAAUACGAGUGUGUGGCUGAGAUCGGGGAGGGCGCCUAUGGGAAGGUGUUCAAGGCCCGGGACCUGAAGAACGGAGGCCGUUUCGUGGCGCUGAAGCGCGUGCGAGUGCAGACGGGAGAGGAGGGCAUGCCGCUCUCCACCAUCCGCGAGGUGGCGGUGCUGAGGCAUUUGGAGACCUUCGAGCACCCCAACGUGGUCAGGUUGUUUGAUGUGUGCACAGUGUCACGAACAGACAGAGAAACCAAACUAACAUUAGUAUUUGAACAUGUUGAUCAAGAUUUGACCACUUACUUGGAUAAGGUUCCGGAGCCUGGAGUGCCCACUGAAACCAUAAAGGACAUGAUGUUUCAGCUUCUCCGAGGUCUGGACUUUCUUCACUCUCACCGAGUAGUGCAUCGCGAUCUGAAACCACAGAACAUUCUGGUGACCAGCAGUGGACAAAUAAAGCUGGCCGACUUUGGCCUUGCUCGAAUCUACAGUUUUCAAAUGGCGCUUACCUCAGUGGUCGUCACGCUGUGGUACAGAGCUCCAGAAGUCUUGCUUCAGUCCAGCUACGCCACCCCUGUGGAUCUCUGGAGUGUUGGCUGCAUAUUUGCAGAAAUGUUUCGUAGAAAGCCUCUCUUUCGUGGAAGUUCAGAUGUUGAUCAACUAGGAAAAAUCCUGGACAUAAUUGGACUCCCAGGAGAAGAGGACUGGCCUCGAGAUGUUGCCCUUCCCAGGCAGGCGUUCCAUUCUAAAUCUCCUCAACCGAUUGAGAAGUUUGUAAGCGAUAUUGAUGAACUAGGCAAAGACCUACUUCUGAAGUGCUUGACAUUCAACCCAGCCAAAAGAAUAUCCGCCUACAGUGCCCUGUCUCACCCAUACUUCCGUGACCUGGAGAGGUGCAAGGAGAACCUGGAUUCCCACCUGCCGCCUGGUCAGAACACCUCAGAGCUCAACACAGCUUGAGACCCAGGCUGCUGCCUUGAGCUGAUUGUACCCAGAACGCUCUGGGUGGCAGGCAGGUGCCCCCGGGAAGACCCUACAGAGCUGAUGAGGAUCGCCAUCCGGAGGCCCUCCAGCUGCUGUCUUCUGGAUGGGCUCUGCUUCUCCAAGGAAA